GGACCCAGCUGUCAACAUGGCGCCUUGGGUUUGAAAGAAGAAAGUUUGUUUACAUCCUUAUUUUUACUGUUUUCUGCCACUUUUACACCAUUUAUGAAGCUGUGGACGUGUGAAGUUAUGGAAACAAGGCUGCUUUUCUCUAUACAAGCCGCUACAGAGGGAUAUUCACGUUAAUUAGGCGGUUAUUGAGCGUUCAAUGAGUGUGUGUUGUGUCGGCUCUCUCAAUGGAGUCAGUAAACAGCGGCAGCAGCAGCAGCGGGGAUGUCUUGCUGGAGCGGGAGGUGGCUGUGCAGGUGGUGGAGGCCGGGGCUGCUGUGUCCUCGGCCACCCGACGUUACCUCAAGCUGCUGGUGGAGCUACGUCUUAAACCCUCGGCCCCCUCAAAGGAGCUCCUCGUGCGGCUGACGGACGAGCAGGACCCCUUCAUGCUGCUGUCCAGUGUGGUGCGGGAGGAGGACUACCACACCCUCAGGCAGCGGCAGGGGCUCCUCGUGGACUUCAGCGCCUUCCCCCAUAAGUUUGUGGAGCUGGUGAACUCAUGCAUACAGGAGGCCAGUAAAGACUCUCCUCGAUUUUUACUUGUCCUACGCUACUCUGGAGACAGUGGAGGUGGGGCUGCCAGUCUGGAGGUGACAGAGGUGAACAUCUUCAAGCACCUGUGUCACCUGGCGCUGGCACUCACACCUGCGUCCACCCAGCUCAAGCUCACGUACCUGGCAGACUGUUGUAAAGCACUGAAGGCUAAGGUGACAACAAAAGAAAGAGAGGCAUCAGAAACUGAACAUCAGCUGCGGCAGGAGGUGCGACAAACCCACGAGCUGCUGAGCAAGUCUUCCCGAGAGGUAGAGCAGCUGCGCUCUGAGCUCAGCCUCCAGGUGGCAGCAUCCUCGGAGAAGCAGGCGCAGCUCAUCAACCAGGAGAAGGACAAGAUACUGAGGGUGCAGAGUGAUGCAGACAGGAAGGCUGACCGGGAGCGGCGGGAGCUGGAGGCCAGACUGACCCAGCGCAUUGAGCACCUGCAGGUAAAGGUCAGCUCACUCACCUCACACAACAGUGACCUCUCAGAGAAGAAACACAGAGCAGAGAGCAAUGUGAGGGAGCUGCGAGCAAGGUUACAGAGUGCUGAAGGAGACCUGGAGAGGUGUCGGCAAGAACUCUCUCAUGUCAAGAAACAGAAUGCCCGCCUUGAGCAAGACAAUCACUCUAAAACAAACUCAAUCCGUGAGCUUGAGUCUCGUGUAUCACAUGUUGAGGGUGAGCUGAGGAGCCGCGAGACAAGCCUGGGACACACGCAGCAGAUGAUGGAGGCCUUGCAGCAGCAGAAGAUAAACCUUGAGGCAACUUUAGAGGAACGUCAACAAAAGCUGCUGAAGCGAGAAAAUUCCAUCCAGCUUAUAUACACUGAGCUUCAGAAGAGUCUGGAGAUCAUUAAGAAGCUUCAGAAGAGGGUUAAAGAGGAACACAUGACGAGCAAAGUCCGAGGCACAGCCCUGAUGGAGCAGGACAAAGUGCUGGCAGAGAAGACCUCCCAGCUCUCCCAGCUGAGUGAGCAGCUGCAGUCAUCAACCUCCAAGCUCUCUCAGCUCACUCUGGAGAGAGACCAGCUCCAGAAGCAGCUGCAAGAGUCCAAUGAGAAAAUACAAGAACAGGAGAAAAUUCUGCACACUAAUGAAAAUGUAAUAUCGUGGCUGAACAAGCAGCUCAAUGAGGCAGAGGUGACAGGAGGCAUCACCAAGCGGGCGCCCCUCACCGAGGCCUACUUCACCUCCCAGCGGCCGGCCACAGGCAAUGUCAAGUCCCUGGGCUCAUACUUUCCUUCAGGGAGUCAGCCCGGCCUGCUGCUCCACUCCACGCCCCUGUCCACCACAGCACUCUCCCAGCCGCCAGGCACCGGGGGCUCGGCAGGCAUGAUGCAUUCCACACUCAGCUCCAUUCGUCACCUGGGGAACAUUCCGCCCAUACCUGAGGAGAUCAGUCCCCGAGCCUCACAAGACUCACCCGUGGGGGCUGUCAAGGCCACCAAUGAUAAGGAAAAUUUCAGGAGUGACGGGUUGGAUCCCAUGUACUUGGAGCCAACAAAACCUGCAGCCAUUGGGGUCCACGGCUUACUCAGAGCAAAUGCCUUCAAAGCCUCUGCACAGGACUCGGACCCAAAGAAGGCCAGGGAUAAUAAUCCAGCCGGGAUAGCAGUGGUGUCUGGAUCAAGAAGAGGAGGCAGUGCAGGGGAGGCGAGGGGGAGGGGCCGGGGACGGGGUGGCAGGGGGCCCAGCACUCAGCCAUCAAGCUACUUUCCUCGGACUUGA